AUGAUUACAAUUCUUAAGAAUACUUUAAUAAUUUAUCUUGGACUUUUGGGUCUGAGCACAAUUGGAUCCCUUUUCAUAUGCUUAGAUCAAGAAUAUCAAUAGCAAUGUCCAUCACAUGUUGUGUCAAUUUUAUCUGAUCUGUCAGUCAUUCCAAUUGUAAAUGAAGCCAGAAUAAUGUUAAUUCCAUUUAUUAAAGAAUUACCUCCUCAAUGGAUUAGUGUUUUAAUUUGGAGUUCAUUAAUGAUGACAAGUGCAUUACUAAUAUCAAUUAUGUAUUUAGCUGCGUAAAGAAUUUAAAAAAAUAUUAAGGAAGUUCACUUAUAAUAUGUUGGUGAAUUUAGUUAAAUUUUUAGUUAUACUUAUUUUGUUUUCACUUAUCUUUGCCUGGAUGAUGAACAUUUAAGAGAUGCCAUAAAAAUUACAAUAUUAUUUGAGGUACUUAUAAUUAUUCUAAUAAUGA